AUGGCGUCGCCUUCCGGACCUGGUGCUCCAUCUCAGCCGUCCGAUUUAGAAUCCGGUCCGCCUCCCAUCGUUCUCCCCGCGAAUGCAGCAUUGCGGUCGCCUAACCUUCCGCCGCGCUCUGCCACUGUAGGCGGUCGUCCGCCGCUCCCCACCGCCUCCUCCGACUCGGGGUCGGAGGGGCCCUCCGCCGCCUCUCCCGCGCGCGGCGCGCGUUCCCCCGCCGCUGCCUACACUCCGCGCCCGUCCGCGUCUUACUCGCCGCCCACGUCAGGCGGAACCGGCUACUCCACGCGCCCCGCGCCUCCCCCGCGCGCGAUUCUGCUGCAGCGGUCGCGGUCGGGCGUCCUCAUCGGCGCGCGGUCGUUCGGCGGAACGCAACUGCCGUGGGAGCCGCCGAAGCGCAAGCCGCCGCAGCACACGGCGGAGGUGGGCGCGAGCGACGCCGUCGCGCAGAGUCUGGACUACGAGCUGGAGGAAUCGGAGGAAGCACGGGCGGCGGACAGGCUGCGCGAGGCGAUGGAGUGCAUGGCGGCAAAGCUGGAGGAAUCAGAGGAAGCACGGGCGGCGGACAAGCUGGGGUUGGGCGAGGCGAUGGAGUACACAGCAGCCAAGUUAGAGGAAUCAGAGGAAGCACGAGCGGCGGACAAGCUGGGGUUGGGCGAGGCGAUGGAGUACACAGCAGCCAAGCUGGAGGAAUCAGAGGAAGCACGAGCGGCGGAUAAGCUGGGGCUGGGAGAGGCGAUGGAGUACACAGCAGCGAAAUGGGUACUCGUGCUGCUCAUUGGGUGCAUGACGGGCGGCGCCGCCUUCCUGAUCAACAUGGUGGUGGAGAAUGCCAUGGGGGUCAAGCUCGCGCUCACCAUCGCACUGCUCAAUGGGGGCAGCCCAUUUCUGGCAGUGCUAGUGUACUCGUUACUGAGUGCUCUGCUAGUGGCAGCAUCGGCAGCGCUGUGUGUGUUUGUGGCGCCAGCAGCAGCGGGGUCGGGGAUUCCCGAAGUGCGGGCGUAUCUCAAUGGCGUUGACAUGCCGCAAGUGCUCUCGCCACUCACUCUGCUCGUUAAGGUCGUGGCUAGCAGUGGGGGCGGAAGCAGGUGGGCUAGCGCUGGGCAAGGAAGGAGGGCCCUCUGCAUGGGCGCCGAGGCAGGCGGGCUAGCGCUGGGCAAGGAGGGCCCUCUGGUGCACAUCGGGGCCGCCAUAGCUGCUCUCUUCGGCCGCGGCUCCAUCCGCGACCGCCUCGCCCGCAGGGCUGCGCGAGUGGUUGGGGGUGCGGGUGAGGGUGCCGGCGGGGGUGCUGGUGCGGGUGGGAAUGGGAAGGAGGUUCUUGGUGCGGCAAGUGCAGGUGGGGUGCUGCGGGCAGCAACAGCAGGGACAGGAGUGUCUGAGCCUCUGCUCGCACAGAGCACCACAGAGACCAGCACGGCCAGGGGAGGAAAGGGAGGUGGAGAGGAGGGGGAGCAGCAGCGGUGGUGGCUGUUCUACUCGGGCUGGCUGCGCUUCUUCGACAACGACCGUGCGCGUCACGACCUCGUCACCAUCGGUGCCGGCGCUGGCCUGUUCCACUCGGGCUGGCUGCGCUUCUUCGACAACGACCGAGCGCGCCACGACCUCGUCACUAUUGGUGCUGCUGGGGCAGGUGUUGCGGCCGCCUUCCAGUGCCCGUUGGGGGGCAUCCUCUUUGCUCUCGAGGAGCUCAUCUCCUGCACAGUGGUGGCCGGUGUGGUGGGUGAGGCAGCCUUCCUGUGCCUGCUGGGUGGAAUUCUCUUCUCCCUCGAGGAACUCAGUGCUCACCUCCUGCUGGCUGCUGUUGCUGCUCUUGUGUGUCUGCACCUCAGUUCUCGUGUGUUUGCCCUGCUGCAGAUCUUAGUACCAAAGGUGGCGUUGAAAGCACUAUUUCUCAAGCUCUUCGCCUCACAGCUGCUUGUCCCCCCCCUGCUGCGAACCUUUGUUCUGCCUUGCUCCUUUGUGCACCUUGCUCCCAAUCCCUCCCAACCCCUCUCAUCCUCUCCCAACUCCUCUCAACCCCGUCCAACCAG